AUGGCCCCGCCAAACAAGCAGCCACAGCGAGCACGCCGAACGAUCAAAGCGUGCGUGAUCUGCCACAAGAAGAAAGUUCGCUGCGACAUCGAUGAAGUCCCAGGAGGCCGAUGCACGCAUUGUACUCGAGACGACUACCAAUGCAUGCCUCGAGAAAGGAAGAGGAAGAGGUUCACCUUCAGUCCAUCUCCACCUGCAAGCCUCAGCAGAACGAAGACGCAAGACGGCGAGUCUCUAGUUUCCGAAAGCGCGCGGGAAGAUUUCGUCAAUCAAACAGCAAGUAGAGGUCUGAGCGAAGGAAACCAAUCCUCCUUUCUUCCAUGUAACGCAGCGGUGUCACAAGAGCAGGACCUGAAGUCCGAGGUCGAUCUUGGCAGCAGAUUGUCCAGCACCGCCAGUCUGCAGGAGCCUCCACCUUUGGAACGUCGGCUUGAUCAAUCGCUCACCUCACCCUACGGAGGCAUUGCAUCGAGCAUGCCCGGGUCCAGCAAUCGGCCUAGGAAUAGCGUCAGUUAUCUCGGACGCCUGGAAUACCUUCGUGGCGACCUUCCUGUCGACGAUGACUCCGAGCUGCCAAGCAAGGUGCCCCACCGGCUGUCCACCACAGAUAUCGAGAUCUUGCGGAUCCAGCAAGUGACCGAAUUGCCGCCUAGAUCUGUGCGUGAAAGCUUGUUGGAUGCCUUCUGGACGCGGUGCUACCCAUGGACCCCAGUCGUCGAGCGCAGCUGGAUCGACGAACGCAGUCCAGGCACGACGUCCCUCUUACUUCAACACGCAAUCUUCCUGGCUGGUAGCAGAGUCAGCGCUCCAGUCCCUAACUAUCCCUCGGAAGACUUCUACAAAAAGGCAAGGUUGUUGUUCUGGAUGGGCGCCGAGGACGACCCCAUCAUCAACAUCGCGUCGGCGUGUUUGCUCCAGUGGUGGAACCCCGAGGGGCCUGAGCGGGUGUCUCUGGAUACCAGCAGUUUCUGGGUGCGCGUCUGCGUCGGGCUUGCGUAUCAGGUCGGACUGCACCGAGAGCCGAACGGGAAGCCAGAUGCUGGUCUGCGCAAACGGAUAUGGUGGUCACUAGUGACUCGCGACUGCCUGAUCAACGCAGGACACGGACGGCCUCGUGCAAUUGAUCUGAAGCUCGCUGAUGUGUCGCCGAUCUCUGCACUAGACUUCGAUGGUGUAGCAGCAUCCGCAGAUCUGUUUGCGGCAUAUGUGGGCAUCUCGUGUAUUCUAGGUGACCUCACGCAGAGCUAUUUACGCAAGCAAGGGCUACAGGAGCAGAAGAAGUCGCUCGAGGACAGACUCUUCAGAUGGCUCAAGACACUGCCAGACCACCUGCAGCUGUGCAGAACAACGGAAGGACGGCCCCUGAAGCCGUAUAGCUUCGAAGCCCGCCAGGUUCAUGCGCAGUAUUUCACAGUACUAGUCAUCCUCAACCGGCCGCUUGAAUCCAAGCUGGCGCCAUCGACAGCCUCGCUCCUAGCAUCGUCGUACAUCGCGGGUAUCUUCGAAGACUUCAUGGCUCGCGAUGAGAUUCGCUACCUCGGGCCCAUCUUCACCUUCUACUGCCUUACUGCCGGCAUGGCACAGCUGUCGUGCUUUAGGUAUUCUGAAUGCGUCGGUCUGGGCGAACAAAAUCUCAACAUCAUGGCGCGGGCAUUGGAGGAAUUGAGUAGAAGAUGGCCUACCGCAAUCGGCAGCAUGAAGCAUCUCAUGGAUCUCCGCGAAAAAGCAACACAGCGCCCACACCUCGGCCGUUUUCCAGACAUCAGCCUCCCCGCCACCACAGCCCAGUUCUUCUCAGACUUCGGCCACGACCUGUGCAGCAUGUGGCAUUACGUUCGCCCACGUCUGCCCCAGGCUGCAAACUUCGCGCCGCGAGAGCUCGAAAUGGCUGGCAUCUUGCAGGGCUUGCGCACGCCCAACAAUCACCACCUCGACCUCAAUGUCGCCGCCGAUGUCACCGCUGCACAACAUUUGCUGAACAAGCAGCUCACGACAGAGACAUCUCUGGAGCCAAGCCUGUUGCAGCCACAGGAAUGGUUUGGUCCGUACGCCAUGGGCAAUUGGCUGAUGACCGACUGGGACCAGGGCGGCCUGGGCUGGUGA